AUGACUCAGCAAGAUGGACAGGAGCUGAAAGCGGGCUUUUUGGCCGCAAACUACAAGCACCAGAAAGACUUUUCAGAUAACCUUUUGGUGGCGUUGGUCUCGGGGUGCACGGCCGCCGCAGUUACAGCAACGCUAACUUACCCGUUUGACUUUAUCAAGACGCAACAACAAAUGAACAAUGAAGCAUAUAUGAAGAAAUUCAAAGUACCGGGCAAUUUUCCCAGCACACUAGGACAAAUGUACAAAGGUGGCAGUGCAUUAGUGUUGGGAUCGGUCAUCAAGAACGGAACGAGGUUGAUUUCAUACAAUUGGGCCAGUAAGUUCAUGGCCAUUGAGUCGCAUGGCGGUGAAACAAACAAGACUACGGCGCCACGAAUAGUAGUUGCUGGUAUCAUGAGCGGCACCAUUGAAACCGCGUGGAUUGUCCCCUUUGAAAAUAUCAAGAUCACCAUGGUUCAGAACCAGUCGUUGCUGAAUGAAUUGGCAAGGACCAAGGAUAUCGGCUACGACAUCACGGGGUCGAAAGUUGCCCAUCCUCACCUGCAUACAAGACCCAACACACCUUUAUACUUGAGGCAAUACGUGUCGCCCAAUGCAUACUAUUCGGCCGGCAUCGUCGAAGAAAAAUUGAGAAACAAGGCCAAGUUUGCUCCACUGAAAUCAAAGUCGUUGGCUCAGAUAGAGUCGCUCAAGUCAUAUUACAAUAAGCACCCCUCGUUGACGUUAUUGGGGACGAUCAAGGAAAUCUACAUGCUUAAAGGUAUAAGGGGGUUUUUAUCGGGUACAUUUGUCACUUAUACGCGGCAAAUUGCGAUAUCCUGGGUGUGGUUCUCCUCGUACAAUGCCAUGCGCCAGCUUGUGAAUCCUCACCAAACUGAAAAUGCCUGGUUUGGCCAUAAACACACCGCGGUGCAGCUGCUUGCCUUGCACGUGAUAUCAUCGCUCGCCGUGAUAACAGUGACCCAGCCAUUGGACGUUAUAAAGACACACAUGCAAUCGAAAAAUGGUAAGCAGCUCUUUAGCGACUCGUUGACCACAGCGUACAAGAUAUUCCUAAACCAAGGUCCCAUGGCCAUGUUCAAAGGUGCAUUGCCUCGAUUUCUCAAGGUGUUGGUGAGCGGUGGAAUGACGGCAACUGUUUACGAAUACGUCGAGAAUUUAGUCAAUGCUGCUGGAGAAGAAAAGAUGUUUAGUGAUGCUUAA